UCUGAUGUAACUGACAGAGUGUAUGUUGGCACAAACAUGCUACAAGUAGGGAAGGCUCUCUGUCCAUUGUGCUUGUCCAUCUGCUCACCAGGAACUGUUAAUUGCUGUAUGUAUGAAGCUUCAAUUACCAUCAACAGGAGGCUGUGAAAAUACUUGCUCUGAGGUUCAUUGUCUCUUGACAUUGGGGACACCCAAAGGACUCCUAACACUUAUCAGAAUAGCCUGUACAGAAGAUGACUGUAACAUACUCCAGUAAAGUAGCCAAUGCCACAUUCUUUGGAUUCCAUCGAUUACUCCUUAAGUGGAGAGGAAGUAUCUACAAACUGUUGUACAGGGAAUUUCUUCUGUUCAUUAGUUUAUACACUGCACUGAGUGUCAUAUACAGAUUCUUUCUUACAGAUUCUCAAAGACGUUACUUUGAAAAAGUCUCACUUUAUUGUGACAAAUCUGCUGAACAAAUUCCAGUAACAUUUGUGUUAGGGUUUUAUGUGACUCUUGUGGUAAACCGGUGGUGGAACCAGUUCGUGAAUCUCCCUUGGCCUGACAGACUUAUGUUCCUAAUCUCCAGCAAUGUACAUGGGAGAGAUGAAUAUGGGCGUUUACUGAGGAGAACCCUAAUGCGCUAUGUGAACCUGACAUCCCUUCUGAUCUUCCGCUCUGUCAGCACUGCUGUAUACAAAAGGUUUCCAACAAUGGACCAUGUCGUAGAAGCAGGGUUUAUGACCUCGGAUGAAAGAAAACUAUUUGACAGCCUUAAAUCUCCACAUCUUAAAUAUUGGGUGCCUGUAAUUUGGUUUGGAAAUCUUGCUUCAAAAGCUAGAUCAGAAGGAAGAAUUCGGGACAGUAUAGAUUUGCAAAUAAUUAUGAAUGAGAUGAACAAGUUCCGAUCCUGGUGCAGUUUACUGUUCGGCUAUGACUGGGUUGGAAUCCCUUUAGUCUACACUCAGGUUGUAACACUUGCUGUAUAUACAUUUUUCUUGGCUUGUUUAAUUGGACGUCAGUUCUUGGAUCCCAAGCAAGCAUAUCCUGGCCAAGAUUUAGAUCUGUAUAUUCCAGUCUUCACGUUACUGCAAUUUUUCUUUUACGCAGGUUGGCUAAAGGUUGCUGAGCAACUUAUUAAUCCCUUUGGUGAAGAUGAUGAUGACUUUGAAACAAACUGGUGCAUAGACAGAAAUCUUCAGGUAUCACUUAUGGCUGUAGAUGAAAUGCAUAUGAACCUACCAAAAAUGAACAGAGAUAUUUACUGGAAUGACUCUGAUGCUCGACCGCCAUACACGCUAGCAGCUGCUGAUUAUUGUAUUCCUUCAUUCUUGGGUUCAACUGAUCACAUGGGACUUCCUGGUUCAGUAUUUUUGCGGGAAGAUUGGCUGCUAGAUGAAGACAAACCUAGAAGGCAACAUUCAGUUCUUAGAAGAGUAAAACAUUUUUUAAGUGUUCAUGAACAUUCUCCAGACUCCAGCAGUCGGGGAGGGUAUAGCAGACAAGGAAGUGAAGCAUCAAAUAUAUUCUUUCCAAGUGAACUCAAUUAUUCUGGCAGUUUUCAUGAUGCACCACACAAAGCAAGACACCAUGCAUUCCACUCUAAAAGACGGGAAUCAACUGAUAAGAAUGCAAUACCCAACACACCUAAUGGAGAUCUGUCAACUAUUCGGGAGGCUAGUAGGUCUGAUACUUCUGGAAGAACAUCUACCAACAAUGGGAAUACACCCAAUAUAGCUUUACAAGUUCCUGAAGUAGCUAUAAUUAGUUCUGGUGAGACCAUGGAAACUGCUCCGUCAGCUGACCCUCCUCAGCCCAAUUCAUUGACUGCAUCUAAUACAAUGGAAUGUGCUGAUAACCAUCAAUAUGAUACUAAUACUGAACAACUCAAACAUACAGAGCAAACUUCCCAGGAAGAAACAGCCAUAAAGGCACCUGUACCAGCAGAGGAAAAAUCAGCCAAUAAAGCAAAAGACCAGCAGAAACGUUUCCACCGAUGGAGUGAAACUGUAUUUCCAGCAGAGAGUAACGUAACAAACGUUCCCCCAAACACAAAAUCUGAGCAAAGCAUUCCUCUUUUAAUGGCUUUAGAGAACAGUACGUAUACAACAAAAACAGACCUCAAUCCAUAUACUCAUAUGCUGCAUAGAAAAGAACUGCUCAAUGCACCACAACAUACAGAGAUUAAAGAGACAGAUAUUCUGGAGCUUCACGAUGAAAAGAAAGAACAUAAAUAAUAAAAUAAGGAAUAUGUAUACUGUAUGUAUGUAUAUAUAUAUAUAUAUAUAUAUAUAU